CGCCGCCGCAGCAGCCUCAGCCUCCUCCGCAGCCGCCGCCGCCGCCGCGGGCAGGAGCAGCGGGGCCGCAGCAUGAAGAAGAGAACCGGCCCCGGGCGCAGCAGCAUGAGGUCCGUGGUGGGCUUCCUGUCGCAGCGGGGCUUGCAAGGGGACCCGCUGCUCACUCAGGACUUCCAGAGGAGACGCCUGCGGGGCUGCAGAAACCUCUACAAGAAGGACCUGCUCGGCCACUUCGGCUGUGUCAAUGCCAUCGAGUUCUCCAACAAUGGAGGCCAGUGGCUGGUCUCAGGAGGCGAUGACCGAAGGGUUCUGCUGUGGCAUAUGGAACAAGCCAUCCACUCCAGAGUCAAGCCUGUCCAGUUGAAGGGAGAGCAUCAUUCUAACAUCUUCUGCCUGGCUUUCAACAGUGGGAACACUAAAGUGUUUUCUGGAGGAAAUGAUGAACAAGUUAUCCUCCAUGAUGUUGAAAGCAGCGAGACCUUGGAUGUAUUCGCCCAUGAAGAUGCAGUCUAUGGCCUUUCUGUGAGCCCUGUGAAUGAUAACGUUUUUGCCAGCUCAUCAGAUGAUGGACGGGUUCUCAUCUGGGACAUCCGGGAGUCUCCUCAUGGAGAGCCCUUCUGCUUGGCAAACUAUCCAUCAGCCUUUCAUAGUGUCAUGUUUAACCCUGUGGAACCCAGGUUAUUGGCCACAGCCAACUCAAAGGAAGGAGUGGGACUCUGGGAUAUUCGGAAACCUCAGAGCUCCCUCUUACGCUAUGGUGGUAACUUGUCCCUCCAAAGUGCAAUGAGUGUCCGGUUCAACAGCAAUGGAACCCAGCUGCUGGCCCUUCGGCGCCGCCUGCCUCCCGUUCUGUAUGAUAUCCAUUCCCGCCUACCCGUGUUCCAGUUUGACAACCAAGGUUAUUUCAACUCAUGUACCAUGAAAAGCUGCUGUUUUGCCGGAGAUCGUGACCAGUACAUCCUUUCAGGCUCUGAUGACUUCAACCUGUAUAUGUGGAGAAUUCCUCCAGAUCCGGAAGCAGGUGGCAUUGGCAGGGUGGUCAAUGGAGCCUUCAUGGUGUUGAAAGGCCAUAGGUCGAUUGUCAAUCAAGUCCGGUUCAAUCCCCACACCUACAUGAUCUGCUCCUCUGGUGUGGAAAAGAUUAUCAAGAUAUGGAGUCCUUACAAGCAGCCAGGUUGCACUGGAGACCUUGAUGGUCGAAUUGAAGAUGAUUCCCGCUGUCUCUAUACCCAUGAAGAGUAUAUCAGCCUUGUGUUGAACAGUGGGAGUGGUUUGUCCCAUGACUAUGCCAACCAGUCAGUCCAGGAAGACCCACGAAUGAUGGCUUUCUUUGACUCCUUAGUACGCCGGGAGAUUGAGGGUUGGAGCUCAGACUCAGAUAGUGACCUCAGCGAGAGUACCAUCCUACAGCUGCAUGCAGGGGUGAGUGAGCGUUCAGGCUAUAGUGACUCUGAGUCCUCAACCUCCCUGCAUCAUUCUCCGCCACCUCUGGCAGAUGAGUCAGCUGAUACUGCCUACCACCUGGGAUCCCUUCGAGCUACAACAGUAGCAUCCCCCCCGCCCUCUUCAUGUGAAGAUGUGGCCUCCCGACAACAGCGUCUGUCCGCCUUGAGGAGGUACCAAGACAAGCGCUUAUUGGCCCUCUCCAAUGAGUCAGAUUCAGAUGAGAAUGCUUGUGAGGCUGAACUGGAUACUGACCUCUUCCCCCGACCCAGAUCACCUAGCCCUGAAGAGAAUGAGUCUAGUAGUUCCAGCAGCAGCAGCAGCACUGAGGAUGAGGAGGAGUUAAAUGAGCGGCGCACUUCUACCCGUCAAAGGAAUGCUAUGAGACGGCGGCAAAAGCCUCCACGAGAUGAUAGGUCCAGUGCCCCAGCAAAGCAUGCUGGUACCUAUAUUGGAGAAGAUAACUAUGACUACCCACAGAUCAAAGUGGAUGAUCUCUCUUCCUCACCAGCUUCCUCCCCAGAACAUAGUGCCUCCAACAUGGAGAUUCACCCAGAACGGGUGUCCCCAUCUUCUGACAUGGAGUCAGUUGAACGGAAAAUCUACAAAGCUUACAAAUGGCUCCACUACUCCUACAUCUCAUAUUCAACUGGUAAAGAUGAAGAGACUUCCUUAGGGGUUGGGGAGACAGAUGAGGGAAAACCUGGGACAAGUGAGAAAAGCAACCCUACCCCUUCUUCCAGUAAAAGUGGUUUGAGUGUAACGACUCCCCAAGGCAACCAGGAUCUCCCUUCUGAAGGCCAAAGCAGGGAAGCUUUGAAAGAAGGCAGUCCUACCACAAAUUCUAAUAAUGGCCAAGGCUGUGAUCGUGACAACCACCCAUGUUCAGAGGAACAAGAAGGCACAUCCCAGGGCACCAAUAAUAGCAGCUCUAUUGAACACACUUUUGAGACCAAGAAGCUCAAUGGAAAAGCCCUCUGCAAAGCCAUAAGUGACAGGUCUGAGGAGCAGCCUUUGUCCACAGCUCCCAAAGGAUGCUGCCUGGCUCUCAGUGGUGGAUCCAUUAGCUGCCCUAGGACCCAGUCUGAUGACAGUGAGGAGAGGAACCAUGAAACUGUCUGCCCCAACCACAACAAUGGACACUUCCACCCUCGACCCCUUCACCUCCACAACAAUGGACAGAACUUUGGGGAGUCAGAGGCAGUCAUCCACUCUUCCCCAGGACACUCAGAUGCUGGCAAUGACAACGUGCUCCUGCCUGGGGCUCUCUUGCACAAAGACUGCCAUCUAUCAGAAAUGGACUGUGAGGACCACAGCACUGGCAUGAAAGAGGACUCAACUGAACCUCACUUGCCAGACAGCAGGGGCACCCAUGGACGAAGUGGACUCAAAAGGCACCGGGGGGAAUUGGAAGACACAGAUUCAGAAAAUUCCUGCCCAGAGAAGAAAUUAAAAACAUGAUAAAUACAAGAGGGGAAAAAGGAGCCUGCAGAAAGAACCCUAUUAAAAAGAAAAAAAAAAAGAAAAAAAGAGAAAAAACCCUGUUUAGUAAAUACAGAGGAAAAGAAAAAAAGUAUUAAAGGCACAUAGAGCCAGGGUCUAAAAUGUUGUGUCUAUGAUGCUGCUCCAUUCCAUUCAGCGAUGGGUCUAAGUGUUUGGCCAGUGGCUUGUGCUGUAUAAAGAAAAAAAAACCCAAGUGACUCCUUUAUUAGUGAGACUUGAGUAUAGUGUACCUGUGCAAGGUUCUGUUAAAGUAAAUCCUUGUUGAGACAUUU